AUGGAGGAACUCAAGACAGAAGAUGGAACUGUCAAUGGGUUGAAUGUCAAGAAAGAAGAAGGAUCCUCCCCCCACGGUCACAAGCUUGCGUCGCGCAACUCUAGUCGCCGCCGGUCAUCUAGCAGAACCCCCGUUGAGACAAAAAAUGGCACAGAAGGCGUGUCCACGCCCGAGGCCACGCAGGGCUCCAAGUCUUCGCGCAAGGCGUCCCAGAAAGUGGCCAAGCAGGAGGCUCCGACCUUUGAGCAUUACCCAGACAUGACCGACGAUGCUUGUGCCACGUUCCAACGUAUUCCUGAUUGUCUCUACGGCUCAAAGCACAUGGGGUCCACGGACAAUGACGCCCUGGACUGCGACUGCCGUGAAGAAUGGCAAAAUGGCGAGAACCACUCGUGCGACGAGGAUUCCGACUGCAUCAACCGCGCCACCAAGAUGGAGUGUGUUAUGGGCGCGGGGAACUGCGGCGACGGGUGCCAGAACCAGCGGUUUCAGCGCAAGGCUUACGCGGAUGUUUCCGUGAUCAAGACGGAGAAGAAGGGCUUCGGCCUUCGCGCCAAUGUCGAUAUGCAGGCGAAUGACUUCAUCUUUGAGUACAUCGGUGAGGUCAUCAAUGAACCCACCUUUCGACGCCGCAUGGUGCAGUACGAUGACGAAGGCAUCAAGCAUUUCUACUUCAUGUCCCUAACGAAGCACGAGUUCGUGGAUGCCACUAAGAAGGGCAACCUGGGAAGGUUCUGCAACCACUCCUGCAAUCCCAACUGCUAUGUCGACAAGUGGGUUGUCGGCGACAAGCUGCGUAUGGGCAUCUUCACCCUGCGGGGGAUUGCUGCUGGUGAGGAGCUCGUCUUCAACUACAACGUCGACCGAUACGGCGCUGAUCCUCAACCGUGCUACUGCGGCGAGCCGAACUGCACUGGGUAUAUCGGCGGCAAGACCCAGACGGAGCGAGCUACGAAGCUACCCCUGGCGACGGUGGAGGCCCUCGGCAUCGACGAUGGCGACAGCUGGGAUACGGCCGUGGCCAAGAAGCAGCGCAAGAAGAAGCCCGAGGAAGAUGACGAGGACUACGUUAACAGCGUGCAAGCUCGUGGCCUGGACGAGGAGGGUGCAAGGAAAGUCAUGGCCUCGCUCAUGCAGUGCAAGGAAAAGUGGAUUGCCGUCAAGCUGCUGGAACGUAUUCAGCGCUGCGACGACAAGCAGGUGCUCAACUGCGUCAUGCGCAUGCACGCGUACCAGAUUCUGCGGACGACGCUCAAUACCUUCAUCGACGACAAGAAUGUUGUUGCUCAGGUGCUGGAUAUUCUCGACAAAUUCCCGCGUCUCACGCGCAACAAGAUUCAGGAUUCCAAGAUCGAAGCGACGAUUGAGACUCUGGCCCACUCGGAGGAUCCUGUCGUGGCAGCCGAGUCCAGGCGACUUCUGGAAGAAUGGAGCAAGCUCGAGGUUGCGUACCGCAUCAGGCGGCGCAAGGUGGACCCCAAGGCACCGGCCGCCAUAAACUCCUUCGAGGAGCGCCGUAACAUUGACCGCGAAGAGGACCGGUCCAAGCCGGAGCCUGUUGUACUGGGUGCCGACGUCCCCAAGGGUCCGCGCAGCACGAUCCCCCAGAGGAACCAGAACUUCUUCCAGAGCAAUCGGCCGCCGCGGAGACAUCCUGCGUACUUUCAGCAGCAGCAAGGCGCCCUGCCCGAGGGCUGGUUCGAGAACACGGACAAGCGUGGAAACGUCUACUUUUAUACGAAGAGCGGUGAUACCACGUGGCAGCGUCCCAGCAAGCCCGCGCCGGACGCACCCAAGGCCAUUUCAAAGGCCAAACAGGAACAGCAGCUCCUGCAGAGCAUCAUCCAGCAGGUCACAAAGGAAACACCCAAGUCGUCGGCAUCGCGCACUCCGCAGCAGGUGGACACGCCUGUCCAGGACCCGAAGAAGGAGAAGUGGCGUUCUCUGCCAAUCGAGAAGCAAAUGAAAAUUUACGAGAACACUCUUUUCCCGCACGUCAAGUAUGUCCUUGACAAGUACCGCCACAAGCUGCCCAAGGAGGAAUUGAAGAGGCUCGGCAAAGAAGUCAACAAGACGCUUGUUUCCUCGGAUUACCGUAAGAAUCGCGUCGAGGACCCCACGGUCGCCAUCAAUCACAAGAAGGUCAAGACGAUCAAGCAGUACGUCAAGGACUUUCUUGACCGCGCUCUCAUCAAAUUCAAGGAGCGCCAGAGCAAGAAGUCCGAGCGGACCGGGCAGACACUCCCUUCCUCUGUGUUGCCAAUCGACGCUGAUGAUGAUGUGGUUCUUUCCGACGUUGACGAUGUUGAGACUGCGUCGGCUAGCAGUCUUGAGCGGAAGCGAAAGCGAGAGCAGCUCGAUGCUGGCUCUCCUGACUUGACGCCAGCCGGCUCACCUUCUGCGAAACGUGUCAAAGAGGACGACCUAGAUGAUCAGGCGCCGCCACCUCCGCCGCCACCUCCCCCAGAGGCCGAGGACAUGGAGAUUGGCGUCGAUGCUGAAGCUGUAGAGCAGCAGCCCCUGACUGCUGAGCAACUGGCGCUGCGUGAGCAAGAAGAAGCCCUGAUGCGAGAGAACGAGGAGGCCGAGCGCCUCGAGGCGGCUGAAAGGAACAGCUCGGCCAACGGUGCCGCUCGUCUCGAGGAGCAGCACCUGGUGCUCAACGGACACGCGCCUAAUAGCGGCGUCAUUCUAUCGGGCGAUGCCGCGCCCAACGACGGACCGCCUCAGGGCGGUGCUUGA